GCUUUCAAGCCAGGGGCGUCGGAGGAGUCAAAAUGUCUACCAGGUUUCAAUUCAGAAAUGUACAUUUUCAAAGUGGAAAGAAAUCAUUUACAAAGUGGCCGGAGACUAGGAAAAGGUAAGAACUAACUAGUGGUAGCUUCCUCGCUGUCAUACAUUUUUGGCCUGUCAUAUGCGAACGCCGAGUUCAAAACAACUGGGAAAUCAUCGACUUCAGUGCGUUCAAAACUCGGGGGAAAAACGAGCUUCGACUGGGAAAAAUCUAUUUGAAAUGUAAUCCCAAUCAACAUUUCAAAUCGAGAAUUCGGGCCUCUUUCAAGAGCUCCGACUUUUCGACCAGAAGAUCACGGACGUCAUGAUUUGAUCUCGUACAUUUCCGAGCCCCAGUUGAUUUGAACGCUGCAUAAAACCUAAGAUUUUUUUUAAUGUGUCAUCACUUCAGAUUACAUUUUAGUUUCAUUCAUAGCAGACAGUGUUCUGCUUUGAAUAUUUCAAUACACAUUUAUACUUUUUUUUUUCGUUCAAUUUGUCAGAAAAGUGGUUCAAUUGAAAGUAUUUUGUGUUUAAAGAUUGUUUUCCCUCUCCCCAGACAGCCUUCAUGAUUCCUAAUCAAACUGUGCACAGCUCUGUACAUUGUACAGGCAAACCAUUGCGCACACAUAGUUUUGAGAUACUUUCAGGUCUUGCUAUGAUUGUGGGCCUUGUGUCUUUGGCUUCUCUAUGAACUUACACUGUGAUUCACAAAAUUAAUUUAGAGCUAUAAGAUGAGUGAACUUGCUGACAGCAAUUUAUGUUCCAUUUGGUGUGUCCAAGGUUGUCAGCCGUUGUUUAACAGCACAACAGAUGAUGAAACACAAGGCUGGCUAGUUUUCACACUCAAGUGUUGCUUUGUUUCUAAGUAAAGAAUUGACUCAUGUCUCUGGAACCUCCAGUAACUCCCUUUUGAUAGGCCUUUGUAACUGUUUGUAGAGGUGCAGCUGGCAAGAUGACCCUGUACAUUAUUUGGUAAAUAUGGCAUGGCACUGGCCUUCCCCUGUUUACUCAGUCUUAGUUUGUUUACAAUAGGUUUGUGGUGUUUUUGUCUGUCCAGCAUUUUUCACACCUAUACUUUGCUAAGAAAUCAAAGUGUCACUCACAAUUUUGUGACCAAUUUAGUAUGCUGAUUUGUAUUGCUAUGGCUUUUAAUUAUGCUUUUAUCAAGUUGUGACCUAAUUGAAGGCUGUUUUGUCUUUUGUAAAGAGGUUGACUAGACUGAUUGAGCUCAUCGGUGACACAUUCUAAAUCUCUGGUAGUUUCACUGGGCGUGUAGCACAAGCUCUGUGAUCUGAUCAGUAGAGUAAAACUGGUUAGACUUCCUGGAACAACCAUUAUGCAGGCCUAGAUUCCUCUGUGACUUCUGACAUUGAUUGUCAUUCACGUCAACUGACAGCAUAUUACAAAUGAAUAAUGCGUAUCAAUACAGUCCCGUGUAGCUCAGUUGGUAGAGCAUGGCGUUUGCAAUGCCAGGUUUGUGGGUUCGUUUCCCACGGGGGACCAGUAUGAAAAAGUAAAUAAAUAAAAUGUAUGCACUCGCUAACUGUAAGUCGCUCUGGAUAAGAGCGUCUGCUAAAUGACAAAAAAUGUAAAUGAGAAAUGCUGCCUCAAUCAAUCCCUUUGUGUAGCAACCUAUUUCCCACGGUCAUGUUCCAUAUUUAUUACAGUAAUAAGGAGUUAGUCUUAGUCAUCGCUUUACAACUAUUCCUCCUCCCUUUGGGAUAUAUUACGGGAAGACAUCUACAGACUCUCACUAUAAUAUACACUUGUCUCUUAUGAUACAGAACGUUUGGUACGUUCAUCUACAUGUUGUGGCAAGGUCAGGAAUCCAGUCUAGUUUCACUUCUAACUCCUAAGAUUGACGUCAGUGUCUUGCUAUUGUUGGGCAAUAUCAUGUGGGUAUAGCUAGGGCUGUGGUGGUCAUGAAAUUGUCAGUCGGGUAUUUUCAUGCAAAUAACUGCCGGCCUCACAGCAAUUGAUGGGUAGUUAACAUACAUUUUUUAGCAUUGCCAGGCCUCCACGCAUACAAGCCGAUGAUGCACGCCUUUUUAGGGAUGCAACUUUCGGUCAAUUUUGCUGCAGACUAACCAACCCUCAUUAACUGGUUAACAAACAUACAUUUGUUCCAAAGAGUAAAAUGACGUAACCAAUAGAAAAUACUAUACAUGCAAACAAGGAACUGACAUUUUUCAUGACGGGCUUAAGUAAAACAUGCAACAAUAGAAAGCUUAUCAUCUCACAGCAAAAAUGCUAUAUUAUUGAACAUAUAACUCCUGUAAUGAAGCAGCCAAUGUAAAUGUAAAAAAAUGUCCAAUCCAAUUUGCAGUGAAACCUCGUUCUAAACAGCGCACCUGAUGCGAGCGUUUCCAUAUGGGACAGAGAUGAUCAUCUCUGUUUAACUUAAAGGGGGAAUCUAAAGAUGCAAUAACUAGGAUGGGUUCACUAAUAUGAAUAGGAUUGUGCCUUUUUGGCUUCUCGACAACAACAAAAAGUUGAUUAUAAAAACCAAUAGAACAGGAGAGAAAUGCUGGUUUCUAUGGCAUAUGAGGAAGUCUUUAUAAAAUAAUUGCUUCCAUGUUUCCAUGGUGGGACUUUGGCUAGUCUACUUUGAAGCAAGGUAAGACAUGCCUCAUAACCUGAAAGUUUUACUUCAUAUUUCAAAAUAAUACGUAUUUUUUCAAAAUGAAUAGGCCUACAGCCUCCAGCUCAUAUUGCAAAGUGGUGGGGACCCGUGGUAGCCUGCCUACCUUGCCUAUGCACUUGAAUGGUGAAUGCAUAGGCAGUAGAAAGGCCAUCAAAACCAUGUUUUUUUUAACACGCGAUUGCAUUUAGAAUUGUUGUGCAAUGACUGGGCACAUGUUUCACUCCAGUAGCAUCCAGCUGUAUUGCUGUCUGACAGGUGAUAUUUCCUCUCAAACUAGGCUCUAUGCUGUGCAUGUGUGAUAAAUAAGAUGCAUGAAACACGCUGUCGUACACGUAGAUCCAGAGCAUCCCAAACAUGCUCAAUGGGUGACGUGUCUGGUGAGUAUGCAGGCCAUGGAAGAACUGGGACAUUUUCAGCUUCCAGGAAUUGUGUACAUGGGGCAGUGCGUUAUCAUGCUGAAACAUGAUGUGAUGGCGGCAGCUGAAUGGCACGACAAUGGUUCUCAGGAUCUCGUCACGGUAUCUCUGUGCCUUCAAAUUUCGAUUGAUAAAAUGCAAUUGUGUUCGUUGUCCGUAGCUUAUGCCUGCCCAUACCAUAACUCCACCGCCGCCAUGGGGCACUCUAUUGACAACAUUGAACAGAACUGCUCGUCCACAUGACGCCAUACACGCUGACUGCCAUCUGCCCGGUACAGUUGAAACCGGGAUUAAUCCGUGAAGAACACACUUCUCCAGUGUGCCAGUGGACAUCGAAGGUGAGCAUUUGCCCACUGAAGUCGGUUACGACGCAAACUGCAGUCAGGUCAACACUCUGGUGAGGACAAUGAGCACGCAGAUGCGCUUCCCUUAGACUGUUUCUGACAGUUUGUGCAGAAAACUAUUCGGUUGUGCAAACUCAGUUUCAUCAGCUGUCCGGGUGGCUGGACUCAGACGAUCCAGCAGGUGAAGAAGCCAGAUGUGGUGGUCUGCGGUUGUGAGGCCAGUUGGACGUUCUGCCAAAUUCUCUAAAAUGACAUUGGAGGCGGCUUAUGAUGGAGAAAUUAACAUUCAAUUGUCUGGCAACAGCUCUGGUGGACAUUCCUGAAGUCAGCAUGCCAAUUGCACGCUCCCUCAACUUGAGACAUCUGUGGCAUUGUGUUGUGAUACAACUGCACAUUUCAGUGGCCUUUUAUUGUACCCAGCACAAGGUGCACCUGUGUAAUGAUCAUGCUGUUAACCCUCUUCCUGAUAUGCCACACCUGUCAGGUGGAUGGAUUAUCUUGGCAAAGGAGAAAUGCUCAUUAACAGGGAUGUAAACAAAAUUUGAGAAAUAAGCUUAGCCACUGGAAAUACAUUUGACUGGUCAUGCUUAUUGGUCUAUAGGGUAAUUUGCAUAAUUUAGUGGAAUUAUACUGAACAAAAAUAUUAAAUGCAACAUGUAAAGUGCCUAUGGAACAUUUCUGAGAUUUUAUUUCAACUCCUGAAACAUGGGACCAACACUUUACAUGUUGCAUUUAAUAUUUUUGUUCAGUAUAAUUCCACUAAAUUAUGCAAAUUACCAUAGACCGAUAAGCAUGACCAGUCAAAUGUAUUUCCAGUGGCUAACGGUUAACCAUUAACAUCCCUAGCACCUUUGGAACAUUUACAUUUUAAAGUGUAGUAAAUCCAUUUAAUAUACACAUCACAAUAAAUCCAUGAUUUAGGCAUUAUGAUAUGAAGAAAAUGUAUUUCAGAAGAACAGAAUGAGUCGGCCUACAGUAUGUUAUUGACUAUGCGCCAUACUAUUAUAGGCUGUAGGCUAGUUAAUUUAGCAGAGACGAUAUGCUUAAGUCCCGUGUCCUGAAUAUACACUCCAGGCCAGUUUUAGGUACACCACCCCGUUCACGAAAAUGAUUUGCUGCUACAGACAGUCACGUGGCCGUGGCUUGCUAUAUAAAGCAGGCAUAUGGACAUCCAGUUACUGUUCGAUUUAACGUUAGAAUGGGCAAAACUAGUGACCUAAGCGACAUUGAGCAUGGUAUGAUCAUCUGUGCCAGGCACGCCGGAUCCAGUAUCUCAGAAGUGGCCGCCCUCCUGGGCAUUUUCACGCACAAAGUUGUCUACGGUUUACCGAGAAUGGUGCGACAAACAAUAUACAUCAUGUCAGCGGCAGUCCUGUGGGCGAAAACAGCUUGAUGAGAGAGGUCGAAGGAGAAUGGCAAGAAUCGUGCAAGCUAACAGGUGGGCCACAAACAUGGAACAUGACAGUGAGUUCAGUUUACCUGAGUGGCCUGCGCAAUCCCUAGACCUCAACCCAAUAGAGCAUUUUUGGGAUGAGAUGGAACGGGCUGUUUGCAGCAUGAAUGUACCGCCGUCCAAUCUGCAGCACCUGCGUGAUGUCAGCAUGGACCAACAUCCCUGUGGAAUGUUUCCGACACCUUGUAGAAUGCCCUGAAUAAUUCAGGCUGUUCUGGAAGAAAAGUGGCAGUCCGACCUGGUACUAGAUGUACCUAAUAUGCGAGUUUGCAUAUGAAGUGACUAUGUUGAGCGUAAAAGUUAUAAUUUGAAACGGGUCCUAUACGCUAGAUUUUUGAGUUAUUUGGUCACUUUAGUUGUGAAUGACGCAAACCUUUUAGAAUGUCUUAGAAAUCAAACACAUAUGGGCUGCAUGAUCAGGGGUCUCAACACAGAAUUAUGUAUUUUCUUUCACAGCGUAAAAAAAAGAGUGCAUAAGUAUCUUCCUGCGCGUUGUAAACGCAGAUCUAAAAUUCUUCUUGUAAUUUCUGCUCGGCAUCAGACUAAUUUUGUGCUUCAUUUGCAUUUGUCCACUCCGAUGAGAAUUCACGAACAGGCAUUCGAAUGUGUAGCUACUUUUCUCCAGAACUUUUCUCAGUGUAGCCUACUUUUGUCUGGUAAAAUGCUAGAUUAACUACAAGCAAAACAUUAGGAAAUGUAGCUGGCUACAUUCUUUCUAUGAUAAACGUUCGAAAUAUGAUGGCCAUGCAUCGUUUUUGCAUCUUGCUUUUUCAUUGUAAGAUCAUUUACUUGUGUGGCUGCUAGCCAAAUAGCAUUGCACUUCUGUCACAUUAUCAAAAUGAAGCUAUCUGUCAUGUGACACUGUUUUGUAUGAAUUAAAACUAUAGUUGCACACCCCUGAUUAAGCAAAAAACACGACUUUCAAUAUAAAACGCAGGUGAAAUGGCUUAAAACACAGAUCUUUUGUUGGUCUACGUUUUGAAAAUGCUGAUUUCUGAACUCUAAAGCGACCGCAGAUGUGACUAUAGGCUAAAGCUUGCCUCAGGCUGCACACUCUCAAGUGAUCAGAUUUUCACCAAUCAGACUAUUCUCAAUUUAAACUUGUCUUUACUAAUAUUUUUUAUUUAGAAUGGCUCAUUAUCAAAUUGUCAUCUGUAUGCACUUGAAUAGCAACUGGUGGCCACUUUCCCGCAGUUCGUUUUUCACUCAUGCCAGGUAGUCUGCUCCAGUUUUAUAAUGGUGCAUGUGCUUUAAUAUUAGCAGCUGAUAAAUAAAUAUAGUAGCAGCUGGGAUCCUCCUGUUUUUAGUGGCAGCCAUCAAAACUCUGCUUUCACAUGGGAGUUCAUAUAGAAUUGUCUGGGCUUAUAAGAACACUUACUUCACUCUGCAUCAGUCACUGUUUGAGGAGCAUGCAGCCUUUUGCUGCGCAACAGGUGAUAUUCCGCCCAAACUCUAUGCCAUGGACUCUCCAACCCAUCUCCUGCAGCUACCCAGUGCUUAAUUUGGGAUACCAAGUGAAAUGUGUUCGGGAACAUUGAUAGUAACAUGUUUUGUGAAAACAACAUAUUUCAUUCAACUGUUGACAACCCCUCUCUCUGCAUGCUCGAAAGAAAUCAAGGAGAGAUGGAAGCGCACGGUGGUGAGAUUCUGUAGCUAAAGGUAAUGUCAUCCUAUUAAUUAUGAAAAUGACCUGUUACUAGGCUAUUCAUCACCUAGGCCUAUAACUUCUCUCCCAGACUCAUGGAUAGAAAGUUUGGAGCGUAGCAUAAGGUAACCAGUCCAUCCAGUUUGCAUAAUAAUACAGUCCACGUUCAAAGGCGAUUUACUAGAAUUUGUUUAAUUUGAGUAUAGGCUAGACCAAUAUGUACCAAAGACAUUUUCAGAAAACAAGUUUCUGUGAUCAUUAGGCUAUACCUAGGGCUGUUGUGGUGACCGGAUUACCGCACCACCGGCAGUAAUGAGGCAUGACCGCAGUCAAAUACCACGUGACCAUUGAGGGAUGGUAAUCUCCAUUUAUCCCCUUCCUGUUCACCCAUGACUGCGUGGCCAUGCAUGUCUCCAAACCCAAUCAUCGAGUUUGCAGACGACACAACAGUGUUAGGCCUGAUUUACCAACAAUGACGAGACAGCCAGUUGUAAAACAAAUGACAGGUGACCUGAUUCUUUUGUUGCUCUGGAUUUGAGCUUUACCACCUACAGCGUUCUUUAAUUUGUUCAAGACUUUGGUGACGACCGCCAUCUUGCCUAUAGUGGUAGUCGCUGUACCUUUUACCUACCUGAUUCUCUAGUACCUAACUAUCAAUAGAAUGAGCAGAAAGCAGAAGUAGGUACUGUGGCAUACAUCCAAUUCAGUUUUACUAAUGAAAACCACACUUCCAUAUCUUUCUCAACCACACAUUUCUCGUUUUGUGUGUCAUUACAGAAUUUCUGCAUAAUAUUUAGCCAGUUCAUUAAGCUGGAAAAUGGUUUAGGGUUUCUAAACAGCAACUGUUCAUGGGCAGUCUACGCCUAAAUGAAAGAACUACAGAAAGACAACUGUAGGUCAUAAUGUAUUUAUUUUGUGUGUAUAUACUCAAUCAAUUUCUUCUGUUAACAUAAUAGGGGCUUCAUGAGACACUAAUACCUGAGUGAUUCAGACCUCUUUGUAGAGCUAGGCCUAUGCCUCAGGAUGUUUAGAGUAGUAAUGUGAAACCAGAGGUUGCUGCCUGCCUGUCCUUGAGUCUUAACCCAGGGCUGGGCAAGUCAACUCUGCUCUUUCUCUCUCUGUCCACACAGGAUGAUUCUGGCAGACUACUUGUAUACCAUGACAGCUUAAUCUCCACCUGGUACAUUGUAUAUUGUUCUAAGUUGCACAGUACUAGUUAUACAUGUAGUGUUGUUAGUUAGAUGAGGAUGUGGGUCAAAAUACUAUGUUUGCAAGUCGGACAUGUUGGGGAUUUUUACAUUUGUGAAAAUAAUAAGCCCUGCAUAAUGUCUUUGCAGCAGAUCAGAACUGCGAUCAUGAGGCGAUUAGGCCUAGGUUUUUUAGAAGGCCAUUUGCUGCUUUGUUACUAUGACCAGUAUUCCAUUUACACAUUUACUGAGUGUGGUGGUUCUUAUCAGUUUCUCACAAGUAAGCACUGAUGGAAUAGGGCUCUUGUGUUUAUGAAUUUGAAAUUAAAGCGACUGUGCUUUAAAUCUGCUCCUGUGUUUGAAGUGCUUUCAAUGGUUACUUUUUUAGGCCUACAUACGUAUUAUGGUUGUGAUAUUGUUUUUAAAAGGAAAUCCUCUGACCACCUUCCUCUUUAUGACCUUGCAGUGGUUUUUGAUGACUGCACCAGCCGCACCAGCUUUCUCUUUCACUCCGAGGAUUCACGCUUCAAAGUAGAUGGCGACGGGACGCUGAAACUGAAGAGGGGGGUGACUCUGCAUAAUGGACAAGAGGAGUUCGAUGUCUCUACCUACUCCCAGGGCAAGAAGAUCACGGUUCCAGUCAGAGUGCUGCAUGAGGCCAGACACGGCCACCACCACAAUCACCAUCACCGCCAUGAGAUGACCACCCAGCCCCAGGUAUACGACUGGUCAAAUUGAUGAGACUAUGCUGUCCUCUAGUGGAUAGAUGGGCAACUGCAUCUCUCUGGAGGUGUUUCAAUUACUUGUGUAGCUGGAAACAUUGUCAUUGAAACUGAUUUUUGAUGUUUGAUGGCAGUUUUUGUAAAAUGAAUACAUACAUGCAUACAUACAUACAUUACCGUUCAGAAGUUUGGGGUCACUUAGACAUUUCCUUGUUUUUGAAAGAAAAGCAAAAAAUGUUUGUCCAUUAAAAUAUCAAAUUGAUCAGAAAUACAGUGUAGACAUUGUUAAUGUUGUAAAUGGCUAUUGUAGCUGGAAAUGGCUGAUUUUUAAUGGAAUAUCUACAUAGGCAUACAGAGGCCAUUAUCAGCAACAAUCAGUCCUGUGUUCCAAUGGCACGUUGUGUUUGCUAAUCCAAGUUACUCAUUUUUAAAAGGUUAAUUGAUCACUAGAAAACCCUUUUGAAAUUGUUAGCACAGUUGAAAACUGUUGUGCUGAUUUUUAAAGAAGCAAUAAAACUAGCCGCCUUGAAACUAGUUGAGUAUCUGGAGCAUCAGCGAUUGUGGGUUUCAUUACAGGCUCAGAAUGGCCAGAAACAAAAAACUUUCUUCUGAAACCCGUCAGUCUAUUAUCCAUGCGAGAAAUUGCCAAGAAACUUAAGGUCUCGUACAACGCUGUGUACUACUCCCUUCACAGAACAGCGCAAAUUGGCUCUAACCAGAAUAGAAAGGGGAGUGGGAGGCCCCGGUGCUCAACUGAGCCAGAGGACACAUACUUUAGAGUGUCUAGUCUGAGAAACCAGCACCUCACAGGUCCUCAACUGGCAGCUUCAUUAAAUAGUACCCGCAAAACACCAGUCUCAUCGUCGACAGUGAAGAGGCGACUCAGGAUGCUGACCUUCUAGGCAGAGUUGCAAAAAAAAAGCCAUAUCUCAGACUGGCCAAUAAAAAUAAAAGAUUAAGAUGGGCAAAAGAACACACACUGGACUUCUUCUUUGCAACUCUGCCUAGGUCAGCAUCCUGGAGUCGCCUCUUCACUGUUGACGUUGAGACUGGUGUUUUGCGGGUACUAUUUAAUGAAGCUGCCAGUUGAGGACAUGUGAGGCAGCGGUUUCUCAAACUAGACACUCUAACUGACGAGUUUCAGAAGAAAGUUAUUUGUUUCUGGCCAUUUUGAUCCUGUAAUCGAACCCACAAUUGCUGAUGCUCCAGAUACUCAACUAGUCUCAAGAAGGCCAGUUUUAUUGCUUCUUUAAUCAGCACAAGUUUUCAGCUGUGCUAACGUAAUUGCAAAAGGGUUUUCUAAUGAUCAAUUAGCCUUUUAAAAUGUUAAACUUGGAUUAGGAAACACAACGUGCCAUUGGAACACAGGACUGAUGGUUGCUGAUAAUGGCCUCUAUGCCUAUGUAGAUAUUCCAUAAAAAAUCUGCCGUUUCCAGUUACAAUAGCCAUUUACAACAUUAACAAUGUCUACACUGUAUUUCUGAUGAAUUUGAUAUUUUAAUAGACACUUUUUUUUGCUUUAAUUUCAAAAACAAGAAUUUCUAAGUGACCCCAAACUUCUGAACGGUUGUGUGUGUGUAUAUUUAUUAUUAUUAUUUUAUUUUUUUGGUAAAACCAUAGACUUGAUAUUUCAUGGUUUUUGUUUGAAUUCCACAGCCUGGAGCAAGUCUGUCUCUACCAGUUCUGAACUUCCCCAAGUCUUCAGGAGGUCUGAAAAGAAGGAAGAGGGACUGGGUCAUUCCUCCCAUCAACUUCCCAGAGAAUGACCGAGGCCCCUUCCCCACGAAUAUGGUGCAGGUAAGUGUCUUGUAGGUUAAGGAUAGUUUUUCCAUUACUCUAAUAUCAGUGUCAGUGUUGGACAUUUCUUCAUUGACAUGAAUAUUAUUAUCUUUGUAAACCAGAUCAGGUCCAGCAAUGAUAAAGAGGUGAAGAUCCAGUACAGCAUCACUGGCAAUGGGGCAGACCAACCUCCUGUGGGACUCUUCACUGUGGACAAAAACUCUGGGGUUCUCUAUGUGACCCAGCCUUUGGACAGGGAGAAACAAGACCAAUACAUUGUACGGUUUGUGUAUACUAAUUUUCUUCCCCUUAACUUAAUUAAACUUAUUUAUAUGUAGUUUUAAACUAUUUGUUGUUACUUCUCUCUCUAGCUCCUAGCCCAUGCUGUUGCAGUGGGUUCAGGUAUAGCUGAGGAGCCCAUGGAGAUCAUUGUGAAAGUAAUCGAUCUGAAUGACAACAAACCUGUAUUUACCCAAGAUCCAUUUAGGGGAACAGUUCUUGAGGCAUCAAAACCAAGUAUGUUGUUCACACACGCUCAGUAUUUACAAUACUUAAUAAUGUGAUAUUCUUUAAGGAAAAUUAUGCUAGAACGAUUUUGCUUCAAUUUAUUUCACUGUUCAGAUGAUGAGUUCAUGCAGGUAACGGCCACUGAUGCUGAUAAGGAGGGCUCUGCCAAUUCUGAUGUCAGAUACACCAUUAUCAAACAGGACCCUCUACUACCAAGCCCCAACAUGUUUGUCAUCAACCCUGUGACCGGAUGGAUUCGGGUUAACGCACCUGGGUUGGACAGAGAGGUUGGUCUCUUUUCAAAUCAAUAGUCUUGUCAAAUCAUUUAUUCAUUGUGUACAUUCUACUUACUUUACAUUUGUGACCCUGACUUAAUUUACAACUUAAUUUGUUUCAGAAAAUUCCCAAAUAUACUUUGAAAAUCCAAGCCGCCGAUUUGGAGGGAAAUGGCCUUACCAGCUUUAGCAAAGCCAUCAUUACAGUGACGGACAGCAAUGACAACGCGCCACAGUUUGUGACGCCUUUGGUAAGCACAUUUCUGAAGACAUUUUGAAGCCUUACCACUGUUGUAACACAUAAUGAAAUUGCCCUUUUGUUGCUUUAUAAUCAUGCUUCUCUCCUUUGCAGUACACCGUGUCAGUCCCAGAGAAUAAAGUGGAUGCCUUGGUGGUGAAAAUGCCAGUGACUGAUGGAGAUGAGCCUCACUCCUCUGCCUGGGCCACCACCUACAAAAUAGUUGACGGGGACCCUCAAGGCCUUUUCAGUGUGAGCACAGGCCCUAGCAAGCUGGAGGGCAUCAUUACGACAGCCAAGGUAUGUUGAAAUCCUGCAAAAGCAACCUGUCAAUGUAGCGUUUUAGCUGCUACUCUGGGGGCGUAGCAAAAGCAACCUGUCAAUGUAGCGUUUUAGCUGCUCCUCUGGAAUGAUUUCCUGGAGGAAGCAACUUGCACUCCCCUUCGGAUUUAUUUGGACAGUGAUGCUAAAACGUUUUAAUUUGGCUCUGUUUUCUAGCAUUUUUUUAUUUGAGAUCCAAUGUUUUAUGAGGCGACAUUACAUAAUGUCACCUUUUUUAUUUGAGGGUAUUUUCAUACAUUAAGUACUUUCAUUUCUAAACGUUAAAACAAAUGUAUCUAGUCCCCCCAUUUUGAAGGUGCCGUGAGUAUUUGGAUAAAUUCACUAAUGGCGUAUUGAAGUAGUCAAAAGCUUAGUAUUUUGGUCCCAUAUUCCUAGCACGCAAUGACUACAUAAAGUUUAACUACUUUGUUUUCGUUGUUUCUGAUUGUUGUGCCCAAUAGACCCCUUUCCAGUACACGGCACACUAACGUCAUGCACAGUUGAGCGCGACUCUUUGCAGCAGUAAGAAAGCCAUCGCCAUCUGCGCCCAUUCAACACAGCCUAGAUUUCCGUUUUUUAUUACUUCUAAACAAAAUAACUUUUUUGGGUUCUCAUAUGCUUAAAAUUAUGUUUUGAUUCUUGCUUGAACAGUCGCUAGGGUUAUAUUUGGUUAUGGUCUUUGCAAAAUACCUAUUUUGGAUGCAGCAAUUGUUAGCUAGAAUGCUAACGCUCAUUGAUAUAGGCUGUAGCAAAAGCUAGACAGUUGAAGUGUUUAAAAAAAAAAAGAAGUAUAAUGCAGUUGAUUUGCGAUAAUGACACAAACAUCAUAUUAAGCAGGACAUUCAUACGAGCCUUAAAAUCCAAUUAUAAUCCAAAAGUAGUGUGAAAUGCACUCGUAAGCAACAUGUAAAUAGUCUUUUUUUUGCUGGCGUUCUGUAAGAACCCCCUUCUGCCACCAACUUGCGCGCAUCGCCCUUGUGCGACAAUGUUUGCAAACACAGAAAGGGGUCUAGAAAUGAAUGGUAAGUAAUGUAUUGUCAUUUUUGACUCUUUUUUUUAUUUUUGUAAAUGAGAAUACAAUGUUUCUAAACUCUUCUACAUUAAUGUGGAUGUUACCAUUGUGGAUAAUCAUGAAUAAAUCUUGAAUCACGAUGAGUGAGAGUUCGAGGGGAAAAUAUCAUACACUCCCAAAAAAAUUAUAACCUCCCCUGUUAUUGGUAAUGGUGAGAGGUUAGCAUGUUUUGGGGGGUAUGAUCUUUAUGCCUCCAACUUUCUCACUCAUCAUUAUUCACGAUUCAUUCAGGAUUAUCCGUAAACAUGGUAGCAUCCACAUUGAAUGAAAAUUGUUCAGAAACAUAUUCUUAUUUACAAUAAAAGUGAUUCUUAUUUACCAUUCAUUUCUAUUGGGCACAAAAUAAUCUGAAACUAAACCAAAACAAACUGAAAAUCCAUCUAGCAAGUUUGUAGUCACAUGCUUGAUGUAGUCAUUGUGUGCUAGGAUUAUAGAACCAAAUAAUUCUACACUUUUGACUACUUUAAUACACUAUGAAUGUGUCCAAAUAUCUAUGACGCCUUCAAAUGGGGGGACUAGAUACAUAAAGUGCUUACAAUUUAUCAACGGUAAAACUGAUAUUUAUGAACAGACCCUCAAAUAAAAAGUUACAGUAUGUACUGUCACUUCAUAUGAAACAUUUGAUCUCAAAUCUAAAAUGCUGGAGUAUAGAGCCAAAUUAAACGUUUUGGCUACACUGUCCAAAUAAAUAUAUAGGGGAGUGUAUGCUUGUAGAUAUAAACGCCAAUAUCUUCCCUAUGCUGAUGGGCUUUUCUGUUCAUUCAAUACAGCCCCUUGACUUUGAGAAGAAUAACAAGUACACUCUGCUGGUCACUGUGGAGAAUGAAGUCCCAUUCGCCAUCAGCAUUCCAACCUCCACUGCUACUGUUAUAGUGAAUGUGGAAGAUGUAAAUGAAGCUCCAGUCUUCACCCCAGUGGAGAAGAAUAUCAGAAAACCUGAGGAUCUCCCUGUUGACAGUGACCUGGUUCUGUACACAGCCACAGACCCAGACACUGCAAGGGAUCAGAAAGUCACGUAAGAUUAUAACUUCAUUUACAUUUUCUUAUAUGUUUUGUAAGAUUUGAAGAGGGGAACAUUUAUUUUUAUUUUUUUACAUUUACUCAACAGAUACAAGAUAGGCAAUGAUCUUGCUGGAUGGCUCCGUAUCAACAAAGACACUGGGCUGAUCAAAGUCAAGAGCCUCAUGGACAGAGAAUCCCCUUUUGUCCAAGACAACAAAUACUCUGUUAUUGUUCUGGGCAUUGACAACGGUAUUUAAAUUUUCCAUUUCUCUAAUGUUAACUGUUAAUAUUUCAAGUUUAGAAGAUGACCACACCCUAAACUUGACCUUUUGAGUGACAUUGCUCUAAUUUGCAGAUGAAGUCCCGGCAACUGGCACUGGCACCCUUAUCAUAGAGCUGGAGGAUGUGAAUGACAAUGCUCCAACCAUCGACGAGAGUGUGAUUAGGGUCUGCAACAAGGAGUCCUCCCCACAGCUGCUGUCAGUCACUGAUAAAGAUGGCGCGGGCUUCGCUGCUCCAUACACCGUACAGCUUCAGGGGUCGUCCCAUUCUAACUGGACUGCCAGAAUGAAUGACACAAGUAUGCAUUGAUUUUUUUUUCUCCAGAACUACAGUACUAUCCCCCCUUUAAAACAAUUGCGUUUUUUGAUGUUAAAUGUUACCCGUUUUCCAUUUCAGAGACUGGCAUUAUCCUGACACUGAAGACUAUGUUGGACAGUGGAGAUUACACAGUUGUCCUGAGAGUGUCUGACAACCAGGGCCUGCACAAGGACAGCACCAUCCAGGCCUCAGUGUGUGACUGCAAAGGAGCUGAUUUCCAGUGCACCGAUAAAGCUGUAGCAGGCUUCGGCCUCUCUAGCAUUCUGGGAAUUCUAGGAGCCGUCUUACUACUCCUAUGUAAGUUGUUAAUUUGUUUAACCCGUUACUAAAGUGUUGGGUCAAUGCUGUCCUCGAAGCCUACAUAUGUAAUUGUUAAUACACAAUGAAGUGCUAGUGUGUUAAGGCCCUGUUUUUUGUGCUCCACAGUGUUGUCUCUUCUGCUGCUCAUGUUCCUGAGGAAGAGAGGUGGUGAGAAGAAGGAGCCUCUGCUGCAGGAGGAUGAUGUCAGGGACAACAUCUACUACUACGACGAGGAGGGAGGUGGCGAGGAUGACCAGGUGAGGGGAGAGCACACCAGACUAGCUCCGAACAAGCCCACUAGGCUCUCCCAAUGGUCAAUGUAUUAUUGGGAUAUGCAAUGGUUUGCAAUAACAAAUCUGUCACUCAAUGUUUCUAAAGUUUAUGGUUCUGUAUGUUCGAAUCUUGGAAUAUAAUACGUGUCUGUACAUCUUUCCACUUUCAGGAUUUCGACUUGAGCGUUCUGCACAGAGGUCUGGAUAACCGUCCUGAUGUUUUCCGUAAUGACAUUGCUCCAACCAUGGCCCGGCCAGAGUAUCGCCCACGACCCGCCAACCCAGCCGACAUUGGCAACUUCAUUGAUGAUGUGAGUAAAGUCUUGAACUGAUUUAUACUGUGAGUGGAAUGCACAGUUAAGAUCAUAUCUAGGUCUUCUGAAGAUGAUUUGUCAUUGAAAUAACUGGAUUUGACAUGGAUAAAUGUAGUUUAUGCUUGUUUAAAAUGUAUAUUCACCAAGGUGCUAAAAUGUAAUCUUUCUGUUCACCAGAACCUGAAGGCAGCUGACAACGACCCCACUGCUCCUCCCUACGACUCCCUCCUGGUGUUUGACUAUGAAGGAGGUGGCUCUGAGGCCGACUCCCUCAGCUCCCUCAACUCCUCCAGCUCAGGAGACGACCAGGACUACGACCUCCUUCAAGAGUGGGGCCCACGCUUCAAGAAGCUGUCUGACAUGUACGGAGGAGGAGAGGAUUGAGAAGUCAGUCAGCCACUAAACCUUUCUGCUUGGCAAGCAUCCGGUUCUCUACACUUGAGUCUGUAGACUGAAGACACCUUCUUUAUUUCCCCUUAUGUGUUUCGGGCACAUCUACAGUUUGGCAAUUCGAUUUGUGCAGACAUGGGACCAUUUUUAGAAAAAUGUGUUCAAUGCUCGUCUUCAGCAUGGGGAGGUUGGCACACUCUUGGCUCUGCAGUAGCAGGAUGUUGACAUGGAUUUUACACAGUUCAGCAGUGCUUUCUAAUGAACUCUUAACAACCCCAGACUAUACUUGAAUUGAGUUUGCUGGUAUGUUGGCAUCAAAGUUCUGUUUUUUUCUAUAAAGACGAUCCAGAGAUGAAUUAUCAAACUCAAAUGCUUUUUUAAAUGUUUGAUUUAACGUCUAAGUUUGGGUCGUUUUAUUCCUUUUCAUUUUAAUCAUAUUAAGUAUGUUUUUUUUUUUCUUUUUGCUUCUGAAGAAGCACACUUGUGAAUUCUUUUUUUUUAUAUAUAAAGGAUAUCCCUUUGGUACAAUGAUGGACAUGUGAAUAGUUUUAUUAAAUAAAUUACAACAUGUCAGUCGUUGUUUAUUUUAUUUUUUUAGCAAAAUAAAUCAUUC